AUGCUUGGGUUUAUUGUCGUUGCCGCUCUCAUAGUUCAGGCUUCAGCUUUGACCAAUUAUUGCACAGUGAGUGGAACCUCAUGCACUGCCACCAACACUUGCGCCAGCGGGCUCACUUGUGCUUACCGUGACUCGGUAAACAAAGUCUGUUGUUCGGCAGCAAACUUGGGCUGUGCCGAUUUGAAAAGUUCCAGCACCGGGGUCUCGGAUUGCAGCUCGAAAGUGGCCUUGUGCACGAACUCGGCUUAUCGCACAUUGAUAACCCAACAAUGCCCAGCAACUUGUAAAUUGUGCACAACCUGUGUUGAUCAAAUCAAUCCUUCAACUGGAACCUCUGAUUGCCCUGCCCGUGCGUUGGCUGGAUACUGUACCCAAUCGGCCUACGCCACUCUCAUGCGACAACAAUGCCCCUUCUCUUGCGGCUAUUGUUCCGGGAAA